AUGGAAACUGCUUCAGUCCCACAAAGUGAACUGGAUUUGGAAGCAGUUAAGAGCAUUCUGUCGGAAUAUAAGAUCCAUAACGCCGAUAUCACUUUGAGGUAUGAUGCAACUUCAGAGGAUCUUAUUGAUGUAAUUGAGGGUAAUCGAGUGUAUAUCCCUUGCAUUUACGUCCUGAAUAAGGUUUGUUGUGAUUUCCUUUCUCACUAUAUCGUGUAGUU